CUGUUGGUAAAGAGAGGCGUUAGUGAGUGAGAAAGUCUUGUCAUUUUAAUUUUUAGGCACAAGACUAGCUGGAUCAUUUUGUACUUUAAAAGUUAUGGCAACUAAAAUCACUAGAUUAAACAAAACAUAAUGAUCAUAGUGGGAUUAAUUUUAUAAUUACUGUUAGUGUGAUAUAACUAAGGAUUACUAAAACUAGUACAUGUAGUAGUAGUACAAUUUAAACUAAAGUAGGACUGUUAAUGUGCUAUUGCUAAGGUAAGGUCUGCGUGUUUAGUGUUAUUAACGUUAGUUAUACUACUGAAUCUUUGAAUGUCACAACUGAGGCCUACUGGCUUCAGUGCUACUUUUCAGUUUUAUAUACGAUAUAAUUAUAAACAUUUCUAGUUUUAAUUUAUCUUUUAGUUUUAUAAACCUUAGCUUAAUCAAAAGUAGUAGUGAUAGAUAGAGAUACAACCAUCACAUCAGUAGGACCUUAAAAAUGGGGAACUGUUUUAGUCGUGCUGGGAGUACAAAUGUAAAGAAUGGGGAGCCACACACCGGCCAAGUUCCCGUGGAAAGAAUUGAAACUAAUCCACCAACAUUAAAUCCUUUACUUGGAAUGCAAACUCACGAUCCUCUGCGUCAGGCACAUCAUGAUAUUGUAAGAGCAAACGGACCAAUUUCACAGACAACGCCGUCAGAAACAGACAGUGCUUCUGGAACUAUUCCAAAGAUUUUUGUUGCAUUAUACGAUUAUGAUGCCAGGACAGAUGAAGAUCUGAGUUUUAAGAAGGGAGAACAGUUGGAAAUACUAAAUGAUACUCAAGGAGACUGGUGGUUUGCAAAAUCAAGAGCUACCAAGGGUGAAGGCUAUAUUCCUUCAAAUUAUGUUGCCAAAUUGAAAUCGAUUGAAGCAGAACCAUGGUACUUUGGCAAGAUUAAAAGGAUAGAAGCAGAGAAAAAGCUUCUCUUGUCAGAAAAUGAACAUGGUGCAUUCCUCAUCAGGGACAGUGAAAGUCGACGCAAUGACUAUUCUCUUUCUGUGAAAGAUGGAGACACUGUAAAACAUUAUCGUAUUAGACAGUUGGAUGAAGGAGGUUUUUUCAUUGCUCGUCGUACAACCUUUCGUACCCUUCAAGAACUUGUGGAGCAUUACAGCAGUGAUCCUGAUGGUCUGUGUGUAAACCUUCGGCAACCUUGUGUACAGGUUGAGAAACCAACAACAAGUGGCCUUUCCCAUAAUACCAGAGAUCAGUGGGAGAUAGAACGUAGCUCUUUAAAAUUUGUCAGAAAGCUUGGUCAGGGCCAGUUUGGUGAAGUUUGGGAAGGUUUAUGGAAUAAUACUACUCCAGUGGCUAUAAAAACUCUAAAACCUGGAACUAUGGAUCCUAAAGAUUUCCUUGCUGAAGCUCAGAUCAUGAAAAAGUUACGCCACCCCAAACUUGUCCAGCUUUAUGCUGUAUGUACACUUGAAGAACCCAUCUACAUUAUCACAGAGUUAAUGAAAAAUGGUAGCUUGCUGGAAUAUCUUCAAGGGAAAGGACGAUCUUUGAAACUUGCCCAACUGAUUGACAUGUCAGCCAUGAUUGCUGGAGGCAUGGCUUACUUAGAGACUCAGAACUACAUCCACAGAGAUUUAGCUGCAAGAAACAUUCUUGUUGGGGAAAAUAAUUUAGUGAAAAUAGCAGAUUUUGGUUUAGCCAGGAUCAUCAAGGAAGAUGAAUAUGAAGCCAGAGUUGGUGCACGGUUCCCUAUCAAAUGGACAGCUCCAGAAGCUGCUAAUUAUAGCAAAUUUUCCAUCAAGUCUGAUGUCUGGUCAUUUGGUAUUUUACUGACUGAACUGGUCACUUAUGGAAGGAUACCCUAUCCAGGUAUGACAAAUGCUGAAGUUCUUCACCAAGUGGAGCAUGGGUAUCGUAUGCCUUGCCCACCAGGAUGUCCAAUGACUUUGUAUGACAUUAUGCUUGAAUGUUGGCAUAAAGAUCCUCUGAAGAGGCCUACCUUUGAGACCUUACAGUGGAAAUUAGAAGAUUUCUUCACCCAUGAGAGUUCAGAAUACAAGGAAGCUACAAUGGCUUACUGAUUGGCAUUUAGAAGUAUUUAAAGAAUACCCUGAGAACUGAAAAUCAGCUGAGUUGACUGAACAAAUUUGUUUUUUUUAAUACAUAUUACAAGAAGGGCCAGUGUAUUUAAGAGGUGCAGUUUCCAAACCUGAGGUCACAGCAGGCUCUGGCGGGAUUAAGAGUUUAGUGGAAAAAAUAUUCACGUGUAUCAAACAAAGCUACUAGGUUGAAAUAAAUUUUUGAAUAGCUGAGGUCCUGCAGAUUUGAGGUGAUUGAAAUUGGGUUGGCAGUGAAAAAGUUUGGGAAAUGUUUAGAAUAUUUUACAAAAAAGUAAUUUGUAUGCCAGUCAAGUUUCAAUCUCUAAUUUGUCAAAUUUAACCAUUCUUUAAAAGGCUGACAGUAGCAGGCAAUAGUGAUAUAAUUAAAUACUUGUAAAGUACUACAAUUUUCUAAAAAUAAGCAAAAAAAUUACAUUUCAUAUAAAUCUUUUAUAUACUUGCCUUUGUUUUCUUAAGAGUUUUUAAUUUGGUACUCAUAUCAAAACUAGAAUGGUGAGAAGUGUUGGUUUCUUGAACUUUUCGAUUUGCUAAGUUACACCGGAGAUUUACUAUUGGUAUUUUUAGUUUAGUCAUCAGGUGAGAGACAACUAUAAUUCUGUUGUCAUUUGGUAUACUAUUGAGUAUAUAUAUAUAUACUCAAUACUAUAUAUACAUAGAAGGUAGAUUGUCAUUGAUCUCAUGUAAAUGCAAAAUGAUGAGGAUUUUAAGAUUCCCUUUUUUCCAUUACUGUUAUUUCAAAAUAAGUUCCUCAAUUACAGAAAAGUUUCUAUGGACAUUUAACUCCAUAUUUAUAAGCAGUAAUGAAACUUAGGGGUUUAUUUUUUCUGAUAAUGCAAAGACCCGAUAAAAUGGAAGAUACUGUACUCAUAGUAAGACUAGGAAAUAAUACAAAGGUUACAACACUGAAUCUGUAUAUAAAUGUGAACAUUUAACCUGGUAGGCUUUUGAGGUGUCUGAUUGAAAUCCACUGAAUAUUUUAAGGAUUUGCAGAUGAGGCCAUCUCGAUGUGAAAAUUUUACCUCUUUGAUUUUAUGAUACAUUGAGUCCUUUUUAUAUGUUUCUAGGCAGUUGUUAGGAGACAAAGAUCAAAAUUGUGAUGAAAUUCACUGCAAAUAAGCUUAUUUUACUGAUGUUUUGGGCCUAGGACAUUGAUUUUGUUAGUUGAAAAACAUCUGGAGCAUAGAAACUUAAGAAGUCAUAGAACAAUGGGUAUGCGUGUUAUAAUGAAAGUGCAUCUUUAAACUGUAAGUAUAAUUGUGGAAACAAGUCACAGAAUACAAAUAUUUAAAAUGUUUGAUGGAGAAAAUUUACCAUAAUUUAAAAAAAAUAAGUUUUAAAAUAAUUACAUAUACUGUUAUUUCCAGUAGAAAUAAUAUAAAUAAUUAUUAGCCUUAACUAGAUGUGGUCUACAUACUUGAGAUCUAUUUUUUUUAGCUCAUGCAGUAGCUCUGUGCAAAGAAAAACCAUUUUAAUGAACUUGCACUUUUACUGAAUGAUAUAUAAUUUUUGAAUAUGUUUUUCUCUUUUAUUCAGAUUGCUGUAAGGUAUUUAUCAGUGGUUACUUUACCACUUUUUCAUAAGGGAAAACUGUUUUAAGCUUUAUCUAUUUGUCUUGUUGUAGCUCACUAUUAGACCUGGCAUAGCCUAGUGAUUAGGGUGCUCAAUUCCUAAGCUUUGGGUUUGAAUCCCCGUCACUGAACAUGCUCGCCCUUUCAGCUAUAAAGUGAUGGUCAAUCCCACUGUUCAUUGUUAAAUAGAGAGGCAGAAGAGUUGGUUAUAAGUGGUGUUGCCUUUCCUCUAGUCUGUCACUGCUAAUGGAUUAAGCAGAUAGCCCUUUAGUAGUUUUGCACAAAAUUCAAAACAAUUAACCAGCUGUUCUGAAUUGGCUAAAUUUGUCAAAUACCAUCUCUCACCAGUAGGCCUUGCAGACAUUAUACUCUUUUUUUUAA